AUGUCCUUGGAAAGGGCUCGUGCAGAGCUUGAUGACGUGCGGGCUCGGCUGCGGGCAAUACAGAAACGGCUCUUGAGGCGGAAGGGAGAGGUGAACCCAGACCGCAAGUGGCGAUCGUCGCCGGCUAGCCCUUGUUGCCUUGUUUUGCUCGUUUACACCAGGGGCAACGCAGAAGUUGUUGCCAACUUUGCACAAGGUCUGGGUUGGCGGCGGGCUCCACGUGUUGCUGCUUUGACCACAGAAGACCGGAGCAAGCUGUUGGCAGACCUCGAGUCGCAGUUUGACAGUGUACCUUUGGCUUCGAUAGCAGCUGUUCAGGAAGACCCCGUAAGGGCGGGUGUCUGCAGCGAAGGUGAGGCUAUCAGUGUCAUCAGGUGGCUGGUGGAACAUUCGCUCUUCGGUUGGGUUCAGGAGCAAAACUCUUUGCGUGGAGUUGCUCCGUCCCGGAGGCAGUUAGUGGACAAAGCCUUGUCCGCCAUCCCUGUCAUUGCGCCAGAGAGGCUGCAGCAAAGAGUUCGCUCAAGUCUAUCUGGCAGUUUGCGCAGCCAGCGGAAGUGGUUGGCUAAGUUCCGGUUGCGAUGGGGUUUGCGCUUGGGGAAGCUUCGUAUCCAGAAUCACCUGUCAGUGAGUGACAAGCAAGCGUUGGCUUAUUUUCAAUGGAUCAACGCAGCAUCUGCAGCGGCUCCGGCUUGUCAACCACCCUUACUGAUUAACAUGGACGAGACCUCCCUCGUCAGGCAUGUCAGUGGUCUCAUUGGCACAGUUGUCAAAAAUCCGAGCAACGGGUGUCAGCUGGGCGAGGUGGCUCCUCUGUGCGACAGGCGCAGCUACAUCACAUAUUUGGCAACUAUUACGCAUGAUUCGGAAGUGCAGCCCAGGCUUCCGCAGGUAUUGAUUGGGAAUGAGCGUCAGUUCACUGCCACCAUCAUGAACAGCGUGGAUUUUUUACCCAGCAAUGUGUACCUGUGGAGAUGCAAGUCUGCGUGGAAUAGUCACAUGUUGAUGCGGAGGUAUUUGUCUCUGUUAGCUUCGUCCCUAGGUAGCGUCCUAAAGGAGCGAUAUGUGAUUUUGAUCUUGGACGUGGCUCGGUGUCACUUGCAUCCGACAAUUCUGGCUCACGCCAAACGGUGUGGAAUCCGGCUGUGCUUCAUUCCCGCUUUGAUGACUGCAGAGCUGCAGCCGUGCGACACUCAUUUGUUUGCGCGCUUCAAAGCAACCUUUCGGGAACAUUGGCGCCGACAGAAAGCACUUUCCAUUGCAGGGUCGUUGAGUACGUUUCAAUGGCUUGAAGUUGUGGUUUCAAGUCUCCAAGCAGUGUUACCCGCCGAUUGGGAUGCCGCGUUUGCAGCGAGUGGGGCAUUGGCUGAGCAGACCCGUGUGGCUGACGUGCUGUGCGCGAAGUUGGGUUGGGCUAGCGCGCCUCUGGUGCCGGAAGGUUUGCCAACUGUUGAAACUGCGUCCUUGGUUUUUCCGAAGAAGAUGAAGGCGUUGCUCCAUCAAGAGAUGGAAGCCUUGAAGCGGCGCCGGGUUGAGCUGAAACGUGAAUGCAAACGCGCGGCCAAAGACCAGAAACUGCUUGCUGCCAAGAGGCAGCGGCUUCUGAAGGCGCACGCUGGGUGUUGUGAUCUUACUCUGCUUGCGCAAAACGAUCAAGCUUGGCAGGCUGCUAAAGGCCUUUCUGCCGCUGACUUGCAGCUGCUCCUGAACCGCGCUGAAGGUGACAGGCCAACCACGUGUAAGGCCAACCUUGUCAUGCAGAGUCUGUUGCAGGUGGUGCUGGCGCCGCCCUUAGUUUCGCCAAUGUGUCUUGGAGAUUGCGUGACCGUUGAUGCGCCCACUGCAGCGACAUGUACUUGGCCCCGUCUCUGUGACGACGUGUUUUCCUUGUGGAUUGCUGACUAA